UCCUCUGAAGAGUUGCUGAGGCAGAACUGAAAUCAUGGCUCGCCUCAGAGCAGCAGCCGUUUUGGCCGCUAAUGAUGCCUCACACAGAAAGACGAUGCCCCUUUAACUCGAGGGUUUUAAGGGGAAGUUUCUAAGCCUGAAACAACAGCUUUAGAUCUGGGCUGUGCCAUCAGCUGCUUGCAGCACCACUGCCUACUGCUUUGACACAGCCCGGUCGGGAAGAAUGGAAACUGAAGAAGCUCGUAACUACCUGUAACUGUUCCACCAGGAAAUGGAUCAAGUGUUUGUGCAGCCAGAUCCAGAGAAGUCGGCCUCUCCAAGGUGCAAACACCAUGACCCCCGCAGACCGAUGAUGGAAGGAGAGCAAACUGGCCGAUCCUGUGCUCUGGCGACCCUGGACCAUGGACGGAGGACAGCCCGUCCCGUCACCCCUACUGCCCUUUGGGAACACGCUGUCAGAUUCUAGCAUGUCUGUGGAGCAGAAAACCACAUUUGUUUUUGUGAUUUUGCUGUUUAUCAUCUUGGGCGUCCUCAUCGUCAGGUGCUUCCGGAUUCUUCUGGACCCAUAUCGGAGCAUGCCAACCUCGACCUGGGCGGACGGCCUGGAGGGCCUGGAGAAAGGGCAGUUUGACCAUGCCCUUGCUUAGCCGGGGGGCGCACAGCCCCCCUGAGGAGCUGACGUGC